GUCGACGCCGUGCCCACCUUCAACCUCCCCCUGCUGGUGCGCGCCGUGGGCGCCGUGCUGGCGUGCUCGGCGGGGCUGAUCAACUCCGUGGCGUACUUCGAGCUGGAGUGGUUCGUGAGCCACCAGACGGGGAAUCUGUCGAAGGUGGGGUUCGGGAGCAUGGAGGCCCUGUACGUGCUACUCUCGUUCGUGGCCGGCAGCGUGGCCUGCGGCCUGUUCAUCGCCAAGGACACCGUGCACAUCGGGCUGGCGCUGUACGACUUCGGCCUGCUGACGGCUCCGUGCUCCUGA